AGCUGAUGUUGUGGUCUCUGUGUAGAGACCUACGGGAAGUUAAAGAAUGUGUGUUUUUGCGGAAAACAUGCCAGCGGAUGCGCAUUUGAUUCAGUGAUGCUUGAAAGACAUGCAUGCAGUAAGAAUGAAUGUUGUAUGUUUUUAUCAACUAAAGUUAACAAUCAUAGGAUUUCAAGUUUUGACUGGCACAAUGAAUAAUCUAAACAUAACAUAACUAAAUGCCUUCUUACAUGUUGGGCAUCUGUUUUUUUUAAAACAAGUCCUGAGUUCAACUGGGAUGACAAUUUUUCAUAUUUGUUUAAAAGUAUGGCUUCAUCUGGGAGUUCCAUCAGUGAGGUAUCCAUCAAAGAAAGCCGGCUACGUUCGGACCGCAAGCACUUGUCCAUAUGGAAUUGUCAUCGAUUUUGCCAUGAUGCAUUCAGACUUCCUAGAUUUAAGAACGUUGAAGUGGAAAUUUUAUAUCAACGCUACUUCCUACAUUUGAACCAAAGAAAUUUGACUGCCCUUCUAGGUAUAGUCUGUGCUGUUGGUAGUGUCAUGCUAGUGUUCAAUUAUGCCCUGAGUGAUCACAGAUCUCUAACACAUGGAAUAACAUUUGGUAUUCUUGUGGCACUGUAUUUAAUAAUGGCAGUUUUGAGCACUCAGUCAUUUUUUAACCAAAUCUAUUUGUUUAUAUUUUCAUACACAAUCAUGAUUUCAUUUUUCGUCACUAUUGUCUUAGUAGUCAUUGAUUCACCUGUGCCCAUAGCCAUGUCUAGCAUUUGGUGCACCGUAUUCUUUGUGUACUUCGGUUAUACACUUCUUCCUGUUCGUAUGCCAGAGUGUCUCAUCUGUGGUGUGUUGCUGUCUGUCGUUCAAAUGAUCUCAUACACGAUAGUCAAUGACAGUGAUCCAUUCAUCUGGAAGCAGUUAUUAGCUAGCUGCCUUCUGUUUCUUGCUGUGAAUGUGGCUGGUAUAUUUUCUCAUUUUCCAAGCAAAUCCUCUCAAAGACAAGCAUUCAUGGAAACAAGACAAUGUGUAGAAGCACGGCUGAACAUACAGAGAGAGAACCAACAGCAGGAACGCUUGCUAUUAUCUGUAUUGCCACGUCAUGUUGCAAUGGAAAUGAAAGCAGACAUAGCUAAUAAACCUGAAGAUACCAUGUUUCAUAAAAUAUAUAUUCAAAGACAUGAAAAUGUUAGUAUUUUAUUUGCUGACAUCUGUGGUUUUACUAGUCUAUCUUCUCAAUGUACUGCAGAAGAAGUAGUGAAAAUUCUAAAUGAGCUUUUUGCAAGGUUUGACAAAUUAGCAGCUGAAAACCACUGCUUGAGAAUCAAACUGCUAGGUGACUGCUAUUACUGUGUAAGUGGAUUACCUGAGCCACGAGUUGACCAUGCCCAGUGCUGUGUAGAGAUGGGUCUUGAUAUGAUAGAAGCUAUUGCUUUAGUCCGUGAAGUAACUGGUGUGGAUGUCAACAUGAGAGUGGGAAUUCACACUGGACGAGUCCAUUGUGGUGUCUUAGGUUUGAGAAAGUGGCAGUUUGAUGUAUGGUCAAAUGAUGUCACCUUAGCAAACUACAUGGAAGCUGGUGGAAUCCCUGGACAUGUUCACAUUACCCGGGAGACUCUGAACUGCUUAAACAAUGAAUAUGAAGUAGUUCCAGGUUAUGGUGGAGAGCGACACAAGUAUUUGAGAGAUCAUAAUAUUGAAACAUUCCUUAUAGUACCAGAUGAAAAGAAACGAAUCAGUUCUGUUCGUCCUCCCCAGUAUACAACUCCUAACAAUGUAUCCAAAGAAAUGAGAAUGAUGGGGCAUUCUGAUCUGCGCAAGUUUGACAAUAGCUAUCGAAGACGAGAGUUUAAAAAUCCCCAAGAUGAAGUCAAUGAUUAUUUAUCUCGUGCAAUUGAUGCCAGGAGUAUAGACAGACUCAGAGAUGAACAUUGCCGACCAUUCACAAACUCUUUUCAUAAGGCUGAAAUUGAAGAAAAGUAUAUGAAAGAAGGAGACAAAAUGCUGUCAACUUACUUCAUUUGUGCUGGUUUCAUGCAGUUAUUUAUCUUGAUUAUACAACUAGUGAUAUUGCCAAUAUAUUGGCUGCAGCUAAUGUUUCAGUUUUGUGCUGGUCUUAUGUUAUUACUGAUAAUACUCACAGUUGAAGCUCCAAAAAGUUUGGUUGCUAGACAAAUUUUUCCUGUAAGGUGCAUUCAAACAAUCGAAAAAAUUAUAAAUAACAGACGUAAUAGCCAAUUAUUAGCCAUGCUUGUCCUUGUCAUCACUUUUACAAGUACAUUUAUUCCAAUGGCAGCACUUGACACAUCAGAAUCUACACAGUGUUGGGCCAGCCAUCAAAACAUUACAAAGAAUUUCACUAUUCAUCCAGACUUCUGCUCUGAUGUCAUAUUAGAUGGAUUUCCAUAUAACAUAACAUUCUGCAUGAUGCUUGUGAUGUUAUCUUGUGCAGCUUUCCUUGUUUUGACUACUAUACAAAAACUUCUCAUCUUGUUGUUAGCAUCAUUUGUAUUCUGUUCCCUUAUUCUCCUGACUCAUGUAGAUUUAUUCGAUCUCUUUGACAUAGUACACAGCCCUGAUGGCAGUGGUGUUCCAUCCAAAUAUUCAUUGACUAUUCUGUUACUACUUUUUGUGGGGGCUCUUGUGGCUCAUGGCCAUCAGGCAGAAGCAACAUCUCGAUUAGAUUUUCUAUGGAAGCUUCAAGCAUUGGAUGAAAAAGAAGACAUGGAGCACCUUCAAGCUUAUAAUCGGAAAUUGCUUGCCAACAUACUGCCUGCUCAUGUGGCUGAAUAUUUUUUGACAGGAGAUAGGAAAAAUGAGGAUUUGUACCAUGAACAGUGUGAAAGUGUCUGCAUAAUGUUUGCAUCCAUUCCUAAUUUUAGUGAAUUUUAUAUGGAACUAGAAGCUAAUAAUGAAGGAGUAGAAUGCUUAAGAUUGCUAAAUGAGAUAAUAGCUGAUUUCGAUGAAAUACUGGAAGAAGAACAAUUUAGUUGCAUUGAAAAAAUCAAAACUACUGGCUAUACAUAUAUGGCAGCAUCUGGGCUGACUGCAGCAACUGUCGAUAUGACCAACCACACUCAUGUUACGAGGAUGGCAGAUUUUGCUCUCCGAUUAAAAGAUCAACUAGAAUAUGUUAACAUACAUUCAUUUAAUAACUUCAAAAUAAGAGUUGGUUUGAAUGUAGGACCUGUGGUAGCAGGUGUCAUUGGUGCCAAGAAACCACAGUAUGACAUAUGGGGCAAUGCUGUAAAUGUUGCAAGCAGGAUGGACAGUACUGGAGAAUUAGAUAAAAUUCAGGUUACUGAAGAUGUCUACAUGAUAUUAAAGGAACAUGGUUAUCCUCUUGAGUGUCGAGGCUAUAUCAAAGUGAAAGGCAAAGGUGAAAUGUUAACUUAUUUCCUCCAAGGUUACAGAAAUAAAAAUCUUCCAAAAACUUCAGUGGUUUAAUAUACUAGCUCUAUCAGUCUUCCCUAGGCAUGUGGAAACACAAAUGUAAAACUAAUCAUACAUAUUUGUCCCUGUGAAUUGCUCAUUCAAAAUGUGAUUUUUAUUUUUGAGAGAGGCAUUCUAGUUAAUGGCAUUUUUACAUUGUAUUCAUAAUAAUGUAAAAAAUUUGUAAGUGAAUUUUGUAAUUUUUUUCAAAAUAUUACUUGAUGUGUUGUAAACAUUUUGUAAUCUGUGUUUUGUUCUUACGUAGAUGCAAUAUAUGAUUUUCCCCCAUAACUCAUAAUUUAUGCAUACUGUGUAAUUCAGAUAUUUUAAAACUAUUUUUCUUAUUUUAUAUUUGUAUGUGUUUUAAAUAUUUCUACUGCAUCACAUUCAGUUGAUAAAAAGUCUUUAUCAUUUGUUUAUUUUUCUUAAAAUUGACUGUUCCAUGUUCAAGAAAAGUUACUUAGUUCUGAAGAAUCAUCUUGUAUUUCAAUCACAUCAAUGCUAAUGCUGUUCAUGAACAUGUUUGCAUUUCAUCUCUCUCUCUUCUUCUCCCCCCCCUGAUAAUAUGGCCGUCAUUAGCAAUAUAACAGUAAAAAUAGUACAACAAAAAUUCAAGAUCUGGUUUGCUGGAACUGUUUGCACAUGCCUAGAAUUUUAGAAAGAAUUUUUUUUUCUAUUACUUCCUCAGACAGAUAUUUUUUAUAUAUAUUGAAAAAAAACUGCCCUAUCAAGAUUUUCUCUUUAGAUUUGUGCUAUACUUAACAUGGUUCAGAUGUUUUUUAAAAUCUGUAAUCAUUGAGUUUAGAAUAUAAUGGAUUCAAGACUGGUUUUCUAUUAUAAUAAAGUUCCAUUGUAAUAUUGUUUCUAUUGUUCAAAAAGACAU